AUGGAGAGCGUUGAAGAGGAGAACUUAUGUUUUCCACAAAUGCUCAAUGCUUCUUGUAAAAAGAUUGUCCGGCCUUACUUCACUGCUAUACUAAUCUACACAGCUCUGUAUCUUCUCUCACUGGUGACUACUGUUUUCAACCUGCUUGUUAUCAUUUCGAUCGCACACUACAAACAGCUCCACACUCCAACCAACUUCCUCAUCCUCUCGCUGGCUGCGUCCGACUUCUGUGUGGGAUUCUUUAUGUUUUUUCAGAUUCUCUUUGUUGAUGGAUGCUGGCUUCUUGGCGACGCUGUGUGUAUUGUAUAUCAGUUAGUGUCCUUCAUCGUCACAAGUGCUUCAUCCGGAACUGUUGUGCUUAUAUCAGUGGAGCGUUACAUCGCCAUUUGCCAACCUCUGCAUUAUCACACUAAAGUCACAGAGAAAAGAGUGAGAUUCUGUAUAUGUCUUUCCUGGUUUUGCUCAGCAUUUUAUAACUCACUGGUGCUUAAAGAGAGCGUAGCACAGAUAGGUAGCUUUAACAGUUGCUAUGGAGAGUGUGUGGCUGCUGUUAGUUACGUUGCAGGUGUAAUAGACAUCUUAGUUUCAUUUCUUAUUCCAGUUACUGCCAUAUCUAUUUUAUAUAUAAGAGUAUUCAUUGUCGUUUUGACUCAAGUUCGGGCCAUGCGCUCCCACAUUAUGGCCCCAAAAUCCCAAAGAAAAGUAUUUGCAAAUAAAUCAGAACUUAAGGCUGCGAGGACGCUGGGCAUCAUCAUCGUCAUGUUUGUCUUCUGCCUGUGUCCUUAUUACAUUUUAAUAAUCGGGGAGAGCGGCCAUCUCAGCGCUUCAGCCGCAGCUGUUAUAUAUCUGAUUUAUUUGAACUCCUGCUUAAACCCAGUCAUCUACACUUUUUGUUACCCCUGGUUUAGAAAAUGCCUGAAACACAUCGUGACACUUCAGAUACUGCAGCCUGGUUCCAGUAAGACCUGUGUACUGUCCACUGAGAAAUAA